AUGGCCGCGCCCGCCGCCGCGUCGCGCGCGUGUUUGGCGCGGACGCUGCUGCGGCACCAUGGACGUCGUCGUUCGGACCGCGCGGACGACGCGAGCCGUCCCCUCGCGGCGACCGCACGCGCGUGCCGUUCGAACCGCCGCCGCGGCGCGACGUGGACGACGGUCAGGUACGCCCCCGCGGCGCUUCUCCGCGCGAUUCCCCGCGCGCGCUCCCCCCGCGCGCGCGGCGACGACCGCGCGCUGGGACACGUCACGCGCGUCUUCCCGCCAUCAACGGCCGCGCUGACGCCUCCUCCUCCUCCUCCUCCUCCUCCUCCCUCCGCGUCGUCCCUCUCCGUCCGCAGGGCGUCGUCGUCGGACGCGCACGAAUCGCCGCGGAGCGUCGUCCUGGAGCCCGCGAAGUGCGAGCUGCUCGGGAACGAGAACGGGAAGUACUCCCUCGUCGGCGAGAUGGUCUUGGACUCGGACGCGGACUCGCUGUACGCGAUGCUGACGGACUACGCGGCGUCUCCGAAAAUAUUCGCCACCGUGGACGCGUGCGACGUCUCGAGCUUACCCGACGGCAAGCUGCUCGUGUCGCAGUCGUGCCGGUGGAAGUUCAUGGGCGUGUUCGGCGGCGCGUUCCCGUGCCACCUCGCGGUGUUGGAGACCCCGACGGAGCGGUACAUGGAGGUGGAGUUGCACGAGCGGGGGUUCAUUCGCGAGUUCGAGGGGAGUUGGCGCGUCUCGGAGGAGCCGGGCGGGGGGGUGAGGGUCAGGCACACGCUCGCGCUGCGACCGGCGCUGACGCCGCCGUACGCGCACAAGAUUUUCUUGAAACAGAUCGGGGACAUCUUGACCGACGUCGAGCGCGAGGUGGCGUCGUGGGGGGGGGAGGAGUACGUCGGGACGAGGAAAAAAGCCGGCGAGGGCGCGGGGGACGCGGAGCCGUUACCCGCGGCGAGGUGA